ACCCAGAGACACUUGAAUUAACUUUGGCAGAAGAGAAAUGGAGGAGCCAUAGAACAUUAAGGAUGAAUUCAGGAAGACCCGAGACCAUGGAGAACUUGCCUGCUCUCUACACUAUUUUCCAAGGAGAGGUUGCUAUGGUUACAGACUAUGGAGCCUUCAUCAAAAUCCCUGGCUCACGGAAGCAAGAUGAAAAAUGAUAGGAUAAAAGUAUCCCUAUCCAUGAAAGUCGUCAACCAAGGAACUGGGAAAGACCUUGACCCCAACAACGUUAUCAUUGAGCAAGAAGAGAGGUGGCGGCGGUCCUUCCAGGAUUACACUGGGCAGAAGAUCACCCUCGAGGCUGUCCUGAACACCACCUACAAGAAGUGUGGCUGUAAAGGCCACUUUGCAAAGGAUUGUUUUAUGCAACCAGGAGGGACCAAGUAUUCUCUGAUACCAGAUGAGGAAGAGGAGAAGGAAGAGGCAAAGUCAGCAGAGUUUGAGAAGCCUGACCCCACAAGGAAUUCUUCUAGAAAAAGAAAGAAGAAAAAACACCAUAGAGACAGGAAGUCGUCUGACUCUGACAGCUCAGACUCUGAGAGUGACACAGGCAAGAGGGCAAGGCACACAUCAAAAGACAGCAAAGGCAGCAAGAAGAAGAAGAAGAAGAAGAAGCACAAGAAGAAACACAAGGAGUGAGAGUGGAAAGAGUAGAGGGGGUGGUGAGAGGGGGAGGAACCAGGAGCCUUGUGCCUUGAAGCCCUGGCUCCGGGAAAGACGCAGUAGUGUGAAUAUGGCCUCCCACCCCACUGACUUUUCACCCGCGGGAGAUGGCUUCCCCUUCCGCAGCAGGCAGGUUUGGGAGUUAGAUGUCAAAGCAUCUGCCUGAAUGAGUUGUUGU